AUGGCUGAAAAUCCAACCUGCACAGUCGAGGAAUUCACCCGCACCACAUUCGACUAUGUCAUCUGCGGUGGCGGAACUGCAGGACUCGUUCUUGCUGCCCGCCUCAGCGAAGAUCCCGCUGUAACCGUCGGCGUCAUUGAGGCCGGCAAGUAUCGCAUUGGAGAUCCGCUGGUUGAUACUCCUGCGGCUUUCGCACAGAUGUUUGAGAAUCCCGACUAUGAUUGGUGUCUGUAUACGACGCCACAGGAAGGAAACCAUGGCUUGUCUCACCAUGUCCCGCGCGGAAAGCUCCUCGGUGGAUCCAGCGGCAUCAACUAUAUGAUGUAUGUGCGAGGAUCAACGCAGGAUUACGACGACUGGGCGGAGCUGGUAGAGGACGAUGGGUGGUCUGGGAAGCAUAUGCAGGGAUAUAUGCGUAAGCAUCAGACCCUUGAGCCCAUCGACCCAGCCAUCACCGAUCGCUCCACAAUGCCAUUCGUAGGCGAAUUCCACGGCACAAGCGGGCCCAUCCGCACCAGCUUCAAUGAUUCAAUCAUGCCAGUGGAGAAUGACAUCAUUAGAGCCUGUGAGGAUGUAACCGGCAUCCCAAGCAAGCCCACCGACCCAUGGAGCGGCGACCAUAUCGGCUUCUAUCACACCCUUGGAUCAGUUGCUCGAAGCGGCCCGAACAAGGGCAAGCGCAGCUACUCUGCACGGGCAUACUAUGAAGAGAACCGCGCCACUCGCCCAAACCUCAAAGUCCUCUGCGAAGCCCUUGUCAACCGCGUCGUACUAGACGGCAACAAAGCCACUGGUGUAAGCCUCACACACAACGGAGUCGAGUAUCAAGUCUCCACACGGCGCGAAGUAAUCGUCAGCGGCGGCACAAUCCAAAGUCCCCAGAUCCUCGAACUAUCAGGAAUUGGCGACCCAGAGGUCCUCAAAGCCGCCGGCGUCGAGUGCAAGGUCGCCAAUAAAGGCGUCGGUGCAAACGUCCUAGACCACGCCCUCACUUUGUCUAUAAUGGAGGUCCAGCCGAGCAUCAUCACACUAGACACUCUAUAUCAAGUACCCGAGGCAAUGGAAGCCGCCACAAAACAGUAUGCUGAAACCAGCGGCGGGCCACUGAGCGCGGUAUGUAGCAUGCAGGGCUUUUUCCCGGCCAAGAAAAUCCUCUCCGAGGCAGAGCUGGCAGAGAUCAUCCAGAGUAUUCGCGAUAUCAAACCGAACAGCGACUUCCACGCAAAACAGCUCGCACAGACUAUCGCGAAUCUCGAAAGCGACCACUCUGCUAAUAUGCAGCUUGUUACUGUCGGGGGUUCCAUGAACCCGAAUGCCAUAGGCCACCAGAGCAAACUAAUUCAGCCACGCUUGCCUGAUGAACCGGCUGGUUUGACCUUGGCGGUUUGUAUUCAGUACCCCGUGUCUAGAGGGACUAUCCACAUUGGGAGUGCAGACCCGACCAAACCCCCUAUCAUCAACCCUAACUACGGCGGCCACCCAGCUGAUAUCUCACUCCUAGCAGCAUUCCUGCGCUGGGGUGAUAAAGUCACGGAAUCAGAGCACGUGAAGUCUUCAUUUUUGCGGCGCGCGUACCCGGACCCCAGUCUCAACUUGCAGGACAUGGAUACGGCCCGAGAAGCAGUGCAUAACCUCAUUGCGGGUGAGUACCAUAUUAGCGGGUCUGUUGCUAUGGGUGAUGCAUUGGAUAGCAGAUUAAGGGUGAAGGGUGUUGAGGGACUGCGUGUUGUGGAUGCGUCGGUGUUCCCGAAUAAUGUUUCAGGUAAUAUUGUUAGUAGUGUUUACGCUGUUGCAGAGAAGGCGUCGGAUAUGAUUCGUGAGGAUUGGAAUUCUAGGGCUUAA